UGCUGAAAGAAUAGGAUUUUUUUUCUCUCUGCAGUAAGGCUACAGCCCGGCAAAUCUAUACAGCGCCUUCAAAAUGCAGACCAGGAAGAUGCAAGUAAACGGCUUGGAUGACACUUGAAAGAAUGGCAAAGGCUUUGCCGUGAGGAAGAAUUUCCCUGCUGAGCUCCUAUUGCCAAAGGAUAUUUACCUGGCGCCCUGACAAGAUCUGUUAGAAAGACCCCUUCCUCCCUGCUUGUAUAUGGCAAAGUUUCUUGCAGAGCUCCUGGGCUGCACAUUGCCGGACAAGGGCACCUCUCCCAUGUUUGAGUCCAGAAGUCAGUCCCGUAUUGGCCUGAAGCAAAGUACCAAGCAGAAGACCACAACUUUCAGCACCUUGGCCAAUGAGAAGUCCUUAUCUGACCGCAAACGGGAAAGUAUGCCACAAACGCCUCCCUUUGCAGUUAUGUUUGACAGCAGUGGUUACAACAGAAACCUGUAUCAGUCAAAAGAGGACAACUGUGGAGGACUCUAUUACCAUGACAACAAUCUCCUGUCAGGGUCUCUGGAAGCCCUCAUCCAGCACUUAGUACCCAAUGUAGAUUACUAUCCUGAUAGAACAUACAUAUUCACCUUCCUGCUCAGUUCGCGGCUGUUCAUGCACCCGUAUGAGCUAAUGGCCAAGGUUUGCCAUUUGUGCACGGAGCAUCAGAGACUAAGCGAGCCUGGGACUGACAAGAGCCGGAUACGAAAAAUUGCACCCAAAAUCCUUCAGCUAUUGACUGAGUGGACAGAGACGUUUCCGUAUGAUUUUCGAGACGAAAGAAUGAUGAGAAACUUAAAGGAGUUGGCACAACGAAUAGCCAAUGGCGAUGAGAUGUAUCGGAAGAACGUACAGCAAAUCAUCCAGAGCCUGAUCCGAAAACUUGCCUCUCUUAGCCAGUAUGAAGAAGUACUUGCAAAAAUCAAUGCAACAUCCACAGAUCGACUGACAGUCCUGAAGACCAAACCUCAGUCCAUACAGAGGGACAUAAUCACUGUCUGCAAUGACCCUUAUAUGUUAGCCCAGCAGCUGACUCACAUAGAGCUGGAGAGGCUCAAUUACAUUGGACCAGAAGAAUUCGUCCAGGCGUUUGUACAAAAGGAUCCCCUAGACAAUGACCAGAGCUGUUACGCUGAUCGAAAGAAGACCCGUAACCUGGAAGCCUAUGUAGAAUGGUUUAACAGACUCAGCUACUUAGUUGCUACAGAAAUCUGCAUGCCUGUGAAGAAGAAGCACAGAGCAAGAAUGAUAGAAUAUUUCAUUGACGUGGCCAGGGAGUGUUUUAACAUUGGCAACUUUAACUCCUUAAUGGCGAUUAUUUCUGGUAUGAACAUGAGUCCGGUCUCCCGGCUAAAGAAGACCUGGGCAAAAGUCAAGACGGCCAAAUUUGACAUUCUUGAGCAUCAGAUGGACCCUUCUAGCAAUUUUUACAAUUACCGAACCGCUCUGCGUGGAGCAGCUCAGAGGUCCUUGACGGCGCAUAGCAACAGAGAGAAGAUCGUGAUACCUUUCUUCAGUCUCUUAAUCAAAGACAUUUACUUUCUCAACGAGGGCUGUGCCAAUCGCCUUCCAAACGGCCAUGUCAAUUUUGAAAAAUUUUGGGAGUUAGCGAAACAAGUGAGUGAGUUUAUGACAUGGAAGCAAGUGGAGUGUCCGUUUGAGAGGGAUCGGAAGAUCCUGCAGUACUUGCUCACUGUCCCAGUCUUCAGUGAAGAUGCACUUUACAUGGCUUCCUAUGAGAGCGAAGGUCCUGAGAAUCACAUUGAAAAAGACAGAUGGAAGACUCUAAGGUCAACACUUUUAGGCAGAGUUUAACAUGUGAGAUGCCUGCUGCUCCUGCCGCUACUGUGUGAUGUGGACUAGGAAGGGACCCGGUUUGGUUUAUUUUCUGUGUGUACUGAAUGGCAUCGAAGUGAUGGGAACCGUGCAGCCAAUUGAGAAGACAUGUCAGCAAAGAUAAAAACAAGUUAACUCAAGAACAAACAGGCACCUUCUCAGAUCGGACAGAUCAGGUUAAAUCACAACUCGCUUGGCUAUUGAUUGAGGACAGGAAUGACAGAAUCCUUUGAAGAUCUCAAAAUUCCUUGUAUGAAUCAUUUCAUAACACCUGGAUGGGAUUUUUCUCUUUGUUUUGUUGGCGCUUGCUGCUACUACGACUUUCAUGGUUUGGUACUGGAUUAUAGGGCUUUCCGUUCCUCCAGCUGAAUCCCAAAUCUGCAUUAGAAGAACUUCCACUCCCAAUAUGCUGAAUACCGCCAGGAGCUCAGCUUGCGUCAGCAUUGCCAAGAAAGGAUAGGACUGGAUUUAAAAAAAAGCAAAAAACUGGCUGCUGUGGGGAUUCCCCCUCCCCCAUUUUAAUGAUAGUUUUUUUUUUUGUUUUGUUUUGUUUUUCCAUAAAGUUUUUGAGUUGGCUGCUGGUUGGCAAACUCGUUGUCAUUCUAAGUUAUAUUUUAAAAAAAGUAAUAAUAGAAUCAGUGCUGUGGUAGGAAAUUCAGGCACUAGAAAAAUACAGUAACUAUGUAGCUGCGACCAUCUUACAUCUUCUAGUAAGGUGUUUUGUUUUUUUCUUUCAACUGUUUACCACCUUUUUCUAGACAUUCUUAUAUUUUUACUGUAGCCUUUUGUUACUCUAAAUUUCCAUCUUGAUGACUACUUCCUGUAUUAAGUUGAGCAAUCUGAUUGCUUUUGUUUUCUUGAAUUCUACUUGUGAAACCACUGCACAGGCUGCAUUACAAAUAAUAUCAAAUUCUGUGUUAUUUAAGUCGUCGUUUUUACUUUUGCUUUUUUUUUUUUGGUAACAACUGGACUAUGUAAUCCAGUUUGACUGAAAUGGUAAGAUGCCAAGAAACAAAAAAGAUUGUUUUUGUUCACAGCUGUAGUCAAAGAGAAAUCUCCUUUGUGUUUGCUUCCUGGAUUAUCAUUGUUAUGACUGUGAAAUAGCUCACUUUGUUACACAUCUAAUAUGUCUGUUGUCACUCCAAAUACUUACCCACUCUAUUUAUCCUAGGAAAAAUCCUGGGGAAUAAAGAGAAACUGUAGAUGUAGUCUGCCCUGGAUGGGAAGUCACAUGCUAAACAAAGGGACAUGUAAAUACCGUGCCACUAUUUAAAAAAUGGAAAAAAAUAAAAUCAUGUAUUUAUGUUGCA